GUGUGUGUGUGUAGGCAGGAGUUGUGUAACAGCAGAGACAGCUUCACGAUGUGCCCUCUCUGUAACAUCUGCUCACCUGGAACUACUCUGAAUCUGCACCACCUUCAAGGUGGGUCUCUUGUUUGAUAAUGGAGGAACAGUGUUCUUCAGUGCCUUCAUGUCUCUGUGGGCCGUCACCUUCCUGGAGUUCUGGAAGAGAACCUGUUCAAGCCUGUCUCACCGCUGGGACUGCUCCGAAUUCCAGGACAUCGAGGAGCGACCUCGCCCGGAGUUCACGGCCAUGGCACCGAUGACGAUCAGGAACCCGGUGACCGGAGCGGAGGAACCCUACUUUCCUGAAAAUAAACGAAUCAACCGAACGCUGACUGGCUUCAUGGCCAUCAUCAUCAUGGUUGCUGUUGUGCUGAUGUUUCUGAUGGCCAUCAUCCUGUAUCGCACCAUCCUGACCAUCGUUAUCGACAAGUCGGACACCCCUUUAACCGGCUUUGCCUCUAGGAUAGCCAGUAUCACAGGAUCCGUGUUGAACCUGUUGGUGAUCCUCAUGUUGUCCAAAGUUUACACCUCGCUGGCUCGCAUCCUCACGCGCUGGGAGAUGCACCGGACUCAGUCUAAAUAUGAAGACAUGUUCAUUCUCAAAGUGUUCAUCUUCCAGUUCAUCAACUUCUACUCGUCCCCGGUUUACAUCGCCUUCUUCAAAGGCAGGUUUGUUGGUUAUCCUGGAGAUUACAACACUCUGCUAGGAAUUCGCAACGAAGAUUGUGGAGCCGGGGGAUGCCUCGUUGAAUUGGCUCAGGAGCUGCUGAUCAUCAUGGUGGGAAAACAGCUGAUCAACAACAUCCAGGAGUUCCUCUUACCGUAA